GGUGAUGGAAAGUUAGGUAUAUCAAUUUAUCAAUCAAAGUCCAUCACAAAAGAAAGAAAGAAAGAAAGAAAGAAGAUCGAGAUUGUUUAACAUUUCUUAAACCCACCUCUUCAAACCAUCUCUUUCUUCCACUGUAAAAAUUCCUCUCUCAUUCUUUCCUUCUUUCUCUCUCAGAGCCGUUAUGUAUAGUAUCUUUGGUCUGAGUUUACGUCCAACGAACCACCCGUGUUAAGUUCUUCCAAAGUGCCAUCGGAUUCCUUGUUUUCUUUGUUUCGACUUUCUGGGCAGAAGACCUCCAUGGAUUCUCAGGUCUUGGUGGCUCUCGGCCUCUCACUUGUCGGUGGACUUAGUACUUCCAUAGGGGCGCUCUUUGUUAUCCUCAAUCCGACUCCCAAUUUGAAGAUGCUUGGACUUCUGCAGGGGUUUGCUGCAGGUCUGAUGCUGAGUAUAUCAUUCCUGGAUUUGGCUCACAAUGCAAUAAACUCUAUUGGAUUCUUAAAAGGCAACUUAUGGUUUUUCGCGGGUGUUGUUUUCUUUGCUGUGGUUGCCAAUUUCAUACCAGAACCGACACUUGCUCCCGUUUCAGAUGGGAAAGAUAAAAAGAAUAAAGGGGAUGAAGGGGGCAAGGAUAUUAUGAAAAAGCAUCGCCGUCAAGUCUUGUUCAGUGGGAUUAUUACAGCAAUAGGCAUAAGCUUGCAUAAUUUUCCAGAAGGAAUGGCAGUGUUCCUAGGAUCUAUGAAGGGUCUUCGUGUUGGUCUCAACUUGGCACUGGCCAUUGCUUUGCACAACAUACCAGAGGGCGUUGCUGUUGCACUUCCUGUUUACUUUGCGACACAAAGUAAGUGGCAGGCAUUCAAAUUGGCAACCCUAUCUGGUUUGGCUGAACCCUUGGGUGUUAUAAUCGUAGCGUAUCUAUUCCCUAGCAGCUUGAGUCCUGAAAUCCUUGAAGGCCUUCUCGGAUCAGUUGGUGGAGUGAUGGCUUUUCUAACUUUGCAUGAGAUGCUGCCCUUGGCAUUUGACUAUGCCGGGCAGAAACAAGCUAUCAAGGCCGUGUUCUUGGGAAUGGCAUUUAUGUCCGCGAGCUUAUAUUUCCUUGAAAUCAGCUUACCUGAGGAGAUGAGCUUGUAGAAAUUGAUCAGCAUUAAUUCCCCUGUUGUACAUGCCUAAUUAACUUUGCUAUAAUCAUGUGUCCUAACUUCUAUCCCAGCCAGUGACUGCUUUUCUUCGUUCACUGGCAUUAGAAGAUUAGUACUGAUAAGCUUCUUUCAAGUCCCUCAAAUAAUUGGAGUGGUGGCUAAUUUGGUCACAUCUACUUAAUACAUUAAUCUUGCCUUUUUAUCCUAACCUGGAAUAUAAAAAAAAAUUAAAAAAAUUAAAAAAAAAGUUGUCUGAAACUGUUAUCUCUCUGCU